AUGGUCACGUCCAACCGUUUCAGUUCAAGAUCACGAUCAAGAUCACCAGCAAAAUCAGCACGUUCAUCAUCGCCAAUCAAACCUGGUGGGCUCGAGAGUUAUCGAGAAAGAUCGACGGAAAGGUCGAUUGAAAAACAGGAUUCUUUGGACCUGUUUACCAAGGAGACUGCUUCGAAAGAUGGCUCAAGCCUGGGUAAUGGGAAGAAAACCGACCCAAAACAUGAAACUGAGUCCCGAGGGAGGUCGAGAGAUCGAGAAAUAUUAGAAACUAAUGCUGACGAAGAUAUGAUAUCCUUGAUGGGGUUUGGAGGUUUUGGUUCAACAAAGGGUAAACACGUUACGGGGACUAAAGGAGGGAAUGCAAAGUUUGAUAAGAAAUCGGACUACAGACAGUAUAUAAACCGGGAAAAGGGUUUUAAUCGACCAUUGUCACCUAAUAAGAAGUGA